UAUAAGGCGGGGCACCGGUUGCACCUGGGCGUUGAGCAUCUCCGGCGCCAGCCGCCCCAGUCUGGCAUUCAUUCAUUCGACGCGGUGGGGAGUCAUCAUGGGUGUCUUCCAGAUCCUGAUGAAAAAGAAGGAGCUCAUUCCUUUGGCAGUCAUCAUAAGUGUGGCUGCGGGUGGAGCCUCGUCUUUUGCUGUGUAUUCGCUGAGAAACAAAACCGACGUGAUUAUUGACCGGAAAAAAAAUCCAGAACCUUGGGAAACUGUGGACCCUAGUGUACCUCAAAAGCUUAUAACGAUCAACCAACAAUGGAAGCCUGUUGAAGAGCUGCAGAAGGUCAGAAGGGCAACCAGAUGACCGGUCCUCUCUUCUUUCCUCCAAAGAUUACUCUAUGAAUCUAGUGGAAACAUUUCUGCACAAACUAUAUUGUGGAGACCAGUGUGCGGAAAUGCUUCUGCUACAUUUUUAGGGUUUGCCUACGUUUUUUGGGGGGGACUCUGGAUAAAGGAAUUAAAGGUAGUACCAUAAUAACUACAUAGUCCAAAAGUUUCUGUUUAUUGUUGUAAAUCUGAAUUUUAUAUAAAGAAAACCUACCUUUAUGAAUGUGCUCCUUGACAUGUAUAAAGAUUUGUAAAUUAGUAAUAAAAUUUCGCUUGUGUAAGAUA